AUGACUGGUUGCUCACGCAGCCUUCUUCGAACCCUUGAUAGCCUUACGGAAGUUAGGUUCCUUGAAACCGUUCUUGAAACGGCGAUGAACGAUCUUCAGGUGACGCAUGCGACCGGUGCCGGUGGUCUUACGACGUUGAGCUUUUACACUCCAGUUGUAGUGACGCAGGCGGGCAGAUGGGUAUCCGCAUUGAGCGCAACGAUGCUUCUGGAUGUGGCAACAAAGGAUUUUCUGGUCAAAAUCAACGAACUACGUCAGCGAAGAAAUGCGGGACCAGUAUCAUGGAACACAGCCGUCAAAUUCCUCAUGGCAAGGAAGUUCAACGUGGAUCGGGCGAUCGUUCUUUUUCAUCAGCAUGAAACAACGAGGCAGCGAGAGGGUCUAACAUUUUUCAACCCGCUCGACGAUCCUCUAAAAUCUGAACUUGAGAGUGGGAAAUUCACUAUUCUUCCCGGAAAGGAUAUUAGUGGAGCUACAUUAGCUCUCUUCACGGCUAGCCUGCAUUACCCACAAUUAACUGAUCAUCGAACAACAUUACAAGGUGUUGUGUAUCAGUUGGAUAAAGCUCUGGAGGAUCCUUCCACUCAGAGAGACGGUCUAGUUUUCAUAUACGAUAUGACGGAGUCCAGAUAUUCCAAUUUUGAUUACGAACUUAGUCAGCGCAUACUGACGUUGCUGAAGAGUGGGUAUCCCGCUCGUCUGAAGAAGGUUUUGAUAGUCACCGCUCCGUUAUGGUUCAAAGCUCCUUUCAAAAUACUGCGACUAUUUGUCAGGGAAAAACUGCGGGACCGUGUAUACACUGUCAGCGUUCCACAGUUGGUAGGGCACAUUCCGGAGAAUACUUUGCCGAAAAACCUGGGCGGUGAAAGCGAAGUAGAACACAAGCGUUGGCUGAAACAUUGUCUGAAGUUGGAGUCGAACUGCAGCAUGGCGUCGGAGUUUUGCACUGAUUCCCCCACUUCAGUGAAUUUUCCUCCAGUUGUGUCAGCAAAUAACGAUGAUGCUCCAGCACAGUCAAUGGAUAAUGGACAGUCAAGGAGGGGAAAGGCUAGUCUGGUCCUUCCCAAUGGUCACUCAAACGGGGAUGAACCUCAGAGUGACAGCGAGUCAAAUGAUAAUUCACCGUGUCAAACGCCUGAUUCAUCAACCAGCCCUAUGACUUUACAAGAAUUGCUGCAGCAUGUGAAAAGUCGUGGAAAAAUGGGAAUUUACGCUGAAUACAGUGAAUUGAAGGCCAAGCCGUUAAAUGGUAGUUUUGAAGCUUCUCGACAGAGGCAGAAUUUGUUGAAGAAUCGUUAUACGGAUGUGCUAUGUUACGAUCAUACCCGUGUUAUGCUGGAACAAAUUGAUGGCGACCCUAGCAGCGACUACAUCAAUGCCAACUACGUGGAUGGUUAUAAGACAAAGAAGGCUUUUAUAUUUUCUCAGGGCCCUCUGCAAAAAACCUUCCCUGACUUUUGGCGAAUGAUAUGGGAGCAAAGGGUGCUUGUGCUGGUCAUGACGACCCGUAUUAUGGAACGCGGGCGCGUCAAGUGUGGGCAGUAUUGGCCCGAGAAAGAAGGUUCGUCGGCCUGCUAUGGAUUCAUUCGGGUCGAGAACAAGGCUGUGGACAGUACUGCCGACUACGUGCAUACCAUUUUUGCUGUGAUUAACCAAAAAACCGAGGAAUCGAGAGAGGUUCACCAUAUGCAGUUCACUUCAUGGCCUGACUAUGGAUUGCCUGAAUCAGCCAGCGCAAUGCUUUCGUUUCUGAAAGAAGUUCGUCGGAUGGACAAAGAAUCUUGUGAUGCUUACGGGUGGACUGGGGAGAAGAAGCCUCCGAUUCUAGUUCAUUGCAGUGCUGGGAUAGGACGUACAGGAACGUUUUGUACGCUGGACAUUUGUCUCCAGCGCCUGGCUGAAGAAGGUGUUGUCGACAUCAAAGGCACUGUAGAACGUAUCCGUUCGCAAAGAGCGCACUCCAUACAAAUGCCAGAUCAGUACGUUUUCUGUUACAUGGCAUUGCUAGAACAUGCCAUCACGCUCAACCUUCUGCCGCGCAAUGGCCUGGAGCAUCUGCAUUCUGACCACGAAGACUCGGAAGAGGAUUAGCAAAGACAGGCGAAUCUCCUUUGAAGCGUGCUAUAGCAUUUUUUGUGAGCUCAGAUAAUUGAUAUUUGAAAUGUUAUACUUGAUAUAAUCAGUGCCACGUUAUUCUUGGAUGAUCGUUUUAGUCAAAACGCAACGAUUAGUUUCAAAUUUGACUCUGAUGUGGAAUAUUAGAUGCACCGUUGUUGAAGAUUCUUCGUUAAAUUAUGUGCUCAGUUCCUUGACAUUAGACUUACGUUUGUGCAUCAUUUCCAAUUUUAGCUGCUGUUUUCAGUCCUGCUUUUCUUUCGUAGACCGAAAAAUCGGGGUAGAUGGUAAACGUGUUCAGAGUAAACAAUUCUCGAGUACAUAUAUUAAAAGUGAAUUGAGAAAUUAUGAAAUUAAAGUUUGGAGUCUGAACUCACAGAUCAUGCUAGUCUUUUUUUGCGCAAAAAUCUCCAUCGAAUACGGGUGAGGGGAAAGAUAUUUGUUUCUCGAUACAUGGCGAUAUUUUGGCAGUAAGAUUUCCUUCAUUUGGAAGUUUUAACGACGAACAAACGGGACUCAUUCCUACCGCUCAAAGCUGCUUUGCUUAUGUCCACUAUGCGCAUACAUGAAAAAGAGAAAUUUUGAAAGGGGGAGAAAAUUACCUUUAUCUGUCAGUCAGUCGUUGUGUAGGUUUUAUAUUUGUGUUUUAUUUGUAGUUGUGAAACGUUCAAAUCUGUUUACAUGAUGUGAUCUGUGCAAACGCGUCUUCAACGCAAUAAAUUGCUGCAGUGUGAUCCCAUGCUUACCUUGGUAUGCUCGGUAAUUAAGAAAACUUAGAAUCGAAUCUUUUCCAGAAAUGGAAAUCCUUUCUACAGGGUGUUUCACGCGCCACUAGACCCUUGAAAAAACGAGAAUGUUUAUGCAUGUUUUGAGCGCGUGAUUUGUGAUACAGGAAGAUGGGAACUUAAAAAAAACAGUUGGAAAUAUUCUUAUUAACUGGAAAAACCUCAUUCAGCUUCUGGGAAAGUAAGGUUUUUUCCAUUAAAAAAUAUAUAUACUGUAUAUUUUUCAACUUCGAGGAAUUAGGGAAAAUUUCGAAAUGCUCAUAUCCAAAAUUCUCUUCGAUGUACGUUGAAUUAGUGGUAAAUAUGACAAGAAUUUUCACUGGAAAUGCUUCGAAAAUGUUUCAUUUCCUCUACGAAAUUCAACAUGUUUGCUGCGAUGAUGGACAGAAUUUGAUUUCUCGUAUCCUUGACUGCCUGAAAUGCUGUAAAACAUUUCUGUUGGUCUAGUACCUCGUGAAUCACCCUCAACAAAAAUUUGAUGCGUCUUCUGUUUCCAAAUUAAUUUCUUUAGUGUGAUUCCUCAUUCAUCUCGAGAAAACAAAAUACUCAGCAAUAAAGGAAACCGAGAAUCGAAUUGUUAUCAAAAAUGGAAAUGAAACUUAUCAAAAUUGAUGUUUGAAACUUUGAAUCGUGGAAGUUUUCUUCCAGCCGUCGUUGAGAAAAAAGAAAGUGUAUCCAAUGCAGUAUUGACGGCCGGGUGUAAUUCGUAUAUCUCCUUUUAAAAAAUCCUUUGUCCGCGCAUCAACUCAAGGGAAGACGAGCGCAGAUUUUCUGAAGAAAAAAAAAAUCGCAUUUGUUUCUUGAAAUAUUGGUGGUAUAUCUUUUUGACCGAUCGGUCGUGGAGACGGAAUCUUAGGACAAUUGAAUGUUUUUCUUGACUGUGUCGUCAGUGACGAGAGUAAUCAGUGCGUAAUUCUGCUGUUUUUUCUUUUGUGUUCGGACAGCGUGAACCCCCGUGGUGUAUUUAUUUAUUUAUUUUUGGGUUGAGUGCGAAUCCUGUGCCAUAGUCUCAACAAUCCUGCCAAGGUGUAGUGGCCAUUUAUUAAUUUUUUUUGCUUAGCGAACUUCCUUCUGUUCCGUGAUCCGUUCGAGGUCGAAACCAGGCUGUGUUGGACCCCCGGGAUAACUGAGCUUUAUCUGAGUUGUUUCUCUCCCUGUUCCAUUUCUCUGGUCGUAGUUUUUCAGUCGCGAACAGUGUGUGGCUGCCAAGCACAAUUUUGGAAUGCUUCAACCUUUGAGUGAAUAGAGAUGCUUUCUGUGUUUUAUUAGGAGAAUCCAACCUUGAAUGCUAGGGGAAAUCGUAAAAGAGAAAAAGGUUCAAUGGCUGAGCUUCAGCAGGAGGAUCUUAUUUUGAGAGCCUAACCACUUCCUAGGUUAGGAGAUUCCUGAAGCGUGUUUGCGUGAUUGUUCUUCGAAUCACCAUUGUAAGGAAAGGUUUACGAAUAAACUAUUGGAUGAUUUUCCUACAAAAAGA